AUGUCGUGGCUGGUCGUCGCUUGCGCUGUGGCAGCGGAAGCAGCCCGCUAUUUCGAUUUGGUGCUCGACCCCGAGUCCCGGUUCCGGCUCUACUGGACAGUCGACUAUGAAGCCGAAUCGCUGACGGCGGAGCUCAAGCUCGACCUACCGUCCGACGACUGGUUCGCCAUCGGCUUCUCUGACCGCGGAGACAUCACUCUCGCUGACGUCUGCGUGCUCUGGGCAGAUCCUCACGGACGACCACACCUGGAGGAUGGCUGGACGGACGACGCUGGCUAUGUCGCUGUCGAUGAGCAGAACGACUGCAUACUGGGCAGCCUCAAACGCAAGGGCUCCACACUGAGGUUUCUGUUUACUCGCAAGUUCGACACCUGCGACAGCCACGACUACGUCAUCGAAGACGGCACGGUACAUCUGGUCUACGCGACGGGCAAAGGACCGCUGCGUCGCCUGGAGGGUUUGCGGCUCACUCGAGCGCAGCACGGCUUUCAAAGGGCACAGCUCCUGAAAGUCAUGGAAGACCCACCGCCGUUUCCAUCCGACACCAAGUUUGCAAAUUUCCUCAAUGACAAGGUAAAAGUUCCAGGGCAAGAAACAACAUACUGGUGUCGACUGCUCAAGCUUCCAAGCGACUUCGGCUAUAAGAAGCACAUCGUGAGGUACGAAGCCAACAUCCAAAAGGGAAGCGAGGCGCUGGUCCACCACAUGGAGCUGUUCCACUGCGAGGCACCGGUUGAUGAGGUACUGCCCUCGUGGAACGGACCGUGCAACAGCCCCGACAGGCCCCAGCCACUGGACCGCUGUAAAAGGGUCAUAGCCGCCUGGGCCAUGGGGGCUCCGCCACUGGCGUAUCCGGAAGAGGCCGGCCUUUCCGCCGGUGGGAGCGACUAUUCGGCGUACGUGAUGCUCGAGGUUCACUACAACAACCCGUCGCUGCGCACUGACUACGUGGACAGUUCGGGCAUCACCAUCUACUACACGGGAGAGCUGCGCCCAUUCGACGUGGGAAUUCUGGAGAUCGGGCUCGAGUACACAGACAAGAUGGCCAUCCCACCGCGGCAGCCGGGAUUUCACCUAAUCGGAUACUGCAUCUCGGAGUGCACGCGUGUGGCUUUACCCACCUCCGGCAUCACGCUGGUCGCCGCUCAGCUGCACACGCACCUAACCGGCGAACGGAUCAGGGUCCGCCAUGUUCGCGGGGGCGCCGAGCUGCCCGAGAUGGCUCGCGACGACCACUUCAGCACCCACUUCCAGGAGAUUAGGCUGCUCAAGAGGAGGCUACAGCUCAUGCCGGGCGACGCCUUGGUGAUCAACUGCACCUAUAACACGCUUGAAAGAACAAAUGUUACACUGGGCGGCUUCGGUAUUCGCGAGGAAAUGUGUGUGUCGUACAUCCACUACUUUCCCAAGACGGACUUGGAAGUCUGUAAAAGCUCCAUAGAGACCAGCUUCCUCCAGGCAUACUUCAAGUAUAUGAACCUCUACCACGACGCACCCACGAGCGAUGAGAAAGGGAUCAGCGACAACUACAAAUCAAUCCCAUGGACGCGCCACAACGUGCUUCUGCUGGACCGGCUCUACCAGACGAUGCCACUCUCGAUGCAGUGCAACAAGUCGUCGGGGGACAGAUUUCCCGGCAACUGGGAAGGGAUGCCGGUGACCGAGGUCCUGUACCCGCUGCCGCCACCAGCCAGGAACUGCCCGGAGGGGGAAGGGCUGCCGCAGCCCGGCCAAGAGUAGGGGGUGGCAGACACCGUGUCACCGAGACCAGUGGCCGCAGCGACGCCAAGUCAACGAUGGAUGGCAGCGAGACCGCUUGUGCCACUGCCGCUGUGGGCUUGACUGACGCUAUUAGCGUCGAAAACGGUUUCUCGCUGCGCCAUCUUGCGCUAGUGGGUCGGUGCGACGGAGGGGUUCUCUGUCGUUCCACAGCAUUGUGCAACUCGAGAUGUUUAGACAUUCUCGCUACUCAAUACACGUAAACAGCGCGACCCGAACGCGUCUACAUAUCGGUGCAGUUCGAGUGGCGGCAGCCACCCUUGCGCUCAGGACACGUAUUCUCAAAUACCAAGGUUUGCACUCCAAGAAGUGAGUGCCGCGCAUUACACGAGUGUAACUGUCACCCGGAGACAAGCAUUGUGUAUAGAGCAUGCAGUGUCUAGGCCUCUAGGGAGCGCACUUGCGUGAGCGCAGUGAACAAAGCAGACAGAAGUAAAGAUAUACGUUGCAUUAAUUACAAUAAUAAAGCAAAUAUCGUUGUGUGCGUGUCUCCGAGGUGUCUCUUAAUUGCAAUGUGCUUGCCUAUGUUCUACACACCAGAAAAUAAAUUGAGAACCCAGUUACUAUUCGAUUAAGUUAGCUCAACAAGUGAGAACAGUCCUGAACCGGCAAUACGUAUGCGGGCUAUACUAUAUGAGCAUGGUCACCUGCCCAUAUUUUAAAGUGCUUCAAUUCCCAAAGUUGCAUGGAACUCUGAGUGCAGAAAUAUUAUUUACAGUCUCAGUUACAUAACUAAUAUGUGGUAAUUAGGCUGUUGCAGCACUUAUUUGAAGAGAUGCCUAGGUAUCGAAGAUACAAACAAGGAUGUAUACACGGCCGCUGCGCGUCUUCUCCUUUGCCCUCGCUUCCCUUCCCAACCGGUGUUUCCUUCCUCCCCCAUCACCUGGCAAAGAUAACUGGAUCCUACGUCUUGAAGGCUAGACUUU